AUGUCUGCCGAUUUGUAUGCGGCAUUUAUCGCGGAGGAGACGCCACCAAAGCCAGAAGAGACGAGCAAUGUCAAGGCAUGUGCGACGACUCCUGCCCAUCGCGUGACAACCACCAACAUUCAGAGCCCAACUGUGGUUACAAGAGCCGCUCAAGCAAACCAGCAACAAAAGGUGCCUUCGCCCCUCUGGAGACGAGGUACGGCUGGGAGCGAUGUCCUCUUUGAUGCCGAACAAGCUGAUUCCGGAGAUGAAUUUGGCGACUUUGAGACGGCAGGCGACUACGCGAAUAACGUGAGCAAUACUAGACAGGAUAACUCUUUCGGGGACGAGCCACUUAUAUCUACCGAGACGGCUAGCCUGGCACUUUUAGAUGCUGGAUCUGCGGAUGCCAUUGAUGUGCUUCACAAACCAUCGCAUCCAGAAAUCAAAACUCCCCGGACUUUAGAUGUCCAGCAUACCCAAAGUCGCCCGAAAAGCACGGAUACUAGCGGACAGCCUUCGUGGGAUGAUGAAUGGGGCGACUUUGAAAAGACUGAAACUCAACCGCUGCCUCCUUCGGUCGCGGAAGAGACCGCUCAGCGGUCUGAUGAUGAAUGGGAGCCUGUCGAAGAUAGUGUGCUUGCCUCAAUGCAGCACGCUGCUCACCCAGAGCCACCUGCGUCAAUCAAAGGCACAGCUGCGGAGGUCGCUUCUCCAUCCGGUGUUGAGACGUUGGCAUUUGAGAGGCCGAACAAUGUCCCACCCCCGUCCUCGCUUUUGCAAUUGCUCUCAUCUGUCUUUGAGUUCGUCCAUCAAAGUAAUGUUGACAGUGUGUUGUCAAAACCGGAGCUAGCGUCGCAAGUGCUGCUCGUCUAUCGAGUCGCUAGCCGCAUAGUAGCAGGCAGGACUCUGCGGUGGAAGAGGGAUACCGUUCUAGCCCAGAGUGUGAGGAUCGGUCAAUCAGGCAAGAGUGGUGGAAUGAAACUAGCAGCAGUGAACAAGAGUGAGACCACCAAAGAAGAGCGAGACACUGAAGAAAUGGUUCGAGAUUGGUCAAGCUACCUCCAUGAAUUUAACAGCAUCCUCACUCAAGCCCAAGUUUCUCCAUUCCGGAUGAGACUGUCUUCCACUCCUCCCAUCAAGACAUUAAAACAGACGAACCCUCCUGACCUGUCAAAGCAAUGCGCACUCUGUGGAUUGAAGCGCACAGAGAGAUUGAUGGAUGUUGAUGUCGACGCCGAUGACAUUUUCGGCGAGUUUUGGGUCGCACACUGGGGUCACAAGGACUGCUUCGACUUCUGGUAUUCGUACAAGAAUUUGCUCGGACACCGUUGA